AUGUCAACCUCGACAUCGGCGCCCCCGCGCAAACCAAUGCCCUCUGCAUUGACCUUUGAUCUACACGCUAAGUGCUCCACAACGAAAGCACGCGCGAGCACGCUCCACCUCCCCCAUGGCGACGUCCCUCUCCCCAUCUUCAUGCCCGUCGCGACCCAAGCCUCCCUGAAGGGCUUGACGUACGAUCAACUACGCCAGACCGGCUGCCAGCUCUGUCUAAACAACACCUACCACCUUGGCCUCAAGCCGGGCCAGGCGGUGCUGGAUGCGAUUGGGGGCGCGCACAAGUUGCAGGGGUGGGAUCGAAAUAUCCUCACGGACAGCGGAGGUUUCCAGAUGGUGUCCCUCCUCAAACUCGCACAAGUCACCGAAGAAGGCGUCCGCUUCCUGAGUCCCCACGACGGCACCCCGAUGCUCCUCACUCCCGAACACUCAAUCUCCCUCCAAAACUCCAUCGGCUCCGACAUCAUCAUGCAACUGGACGAUGUCAUCGCCACCACAUCCCCGGACCACGCCCGUAUCCACGAAGCGAUGGAGCGCUCGGUCCGAUGGCUCGACCGGUGCAUCGACGCGCACAAAUACCCGGAGAGGCAAAAUCUGUUCUGUAUCAUCCAGGGUGGGUUGGAUCUGGAGCUUCGCAAACAAUGCUGCGAAGCGAUGGUCGCUCGAGAUACGCCGGGAAUUGCCAUCGGGGGUCUUUCCGGCGGAGAGGCCAAGGAGGACUUCUGCAAAGUGGUGGACACUUGCACGGGCUUGCUUCCGGAGAAGAAGCCGCGCUACGUUAUGGGAGUGGGCUAUCCGGAGGACUUGAUAGUUGGUGUCGCUCUCGGCGCAGACAUGUUUGAUUGUGUCUGGCCCACGCGAACUGCGCGCUUCGGCAACGCGGUUGUCCCCAGCGGCACACUGAAUCUGCGUCAUCGGUCAUACGCGGAGGAUUUCCGGCCAGUGCAAGAAGGCUGCACCUGCAGCAUCUGCCGGCCCCGGGAUCAGGGCGGACUCGGGAUCACGCGUGCAUAUAUCCACCACCUCACAGCCAAAGAGACCGUGGGAGCGCAUCUUCUCACCAUGCACAACGUACACUACCUGCUGUCCUUAAUGGGAUCCGCUCGACAGGCUAUCCUCGAGGAUCGGUUCCCGGCGUUCCUGCGCGAGUUCUUCGCCAACCUUUACGGUGAGAAGUCGAAUUACCCCAGCUGGGUAGUAGACGCACUGCGGGGCGUGGGGGUGGAUCUCAUGGACGAUUAG